AUGGCGACUGCUGAGAAGAGAAAACGCAUCAGUAAUUUGCCGUCAAGCAUCUGGGAUAGCUUUACAAAAAAUAAAAUCGAUGCUUCAAAGCCUACUUGUAGAAAGUGUCGGAAAGUUGUCAGUCGCGGAAGUUCUACUGCAAAGUCGAAGUCGUGGGGAAAUGGAUCUUUAUGGGCGCAUCUAAAACUUUGUAGCCCAUCUGAGUCUUCCUCGACUAGCUCGACAACACAGCUGAGUAUCCAGGAAACGUUCUCUCGCAACACACCGUUACAAAAAGGAAGCGUUAAAGCUAAAGCGAUCACCAAUGCUAUUGGCAAGAUGGUAGUGAUUGAUCUACGACCAUAUUUGGUUGUAGAGAAUGAAGGGUUUCGCGAGCUUAUGCGAGUACUGGAGCCGCGAUAUUCUGUCGUUUCAAGAAAGGAGCUGACGAACGUAGUCGUCCCAGAAAUUUAUACCGAUUCGGAAGCGAAAAUCAAGAAGUCAAUCCAGUCGUCCAAAAGCGGGAUCAACUUCACCACGGACAUGUGGAAAUGCGGAGGUCAAAACCGUGAGUAUAUGACGGUGACGGCUCACUGGGUGGUGGAAAACUUGGACUCAACAGCCUAUGAAGUUAAAAAUGCUCUUUUGGUAGUCGAAGAAUUUUUAACUAGUGCGCAUUCCUACAACAUAAGAAAGUCGGUAAGUGAAACCCAUUUUCAGUGAACUUUGUUUAUUUGCUAAUAGCAAUACUCUAAAUCUGUAAUUAAUUUGACAUUUAGUUGCAGGUGGUGCAAAACAACUGGAUAGGUGCAGAAGGGAAAUUCCACAUUGGAGUUUCAGAUAACGCUGCCAACGUUACACUUGCCCUGGACAGCGAUGUGCGUCUUGAAGCGUCAGACGAUGUUCGUGAGGAAAUUGAGGAAUCCGAUGAUGAUGACGAUGAAGAUCGUUUUCCCACUCUACCUCCCAUGCAUGUAGGAUCUGCGGGCUGUUUUGUGCACCUACUAAAUCUUAUAGUCGGGGUAAAUAUUUAAUAAGGUGGUUAAUGUACUUUUGCAAAAUCGCAAAUUGUUAAAACCAUCCUUCGUGGUUUUCUAUUUUUGAUAGGAUGCAAUGAAACCUGAUGUACAGCGAGCUGUCAAUGACGCAAGAACCCAUUGCGAGAAAAUUAUUACAAAAACAAAGUAA